AUGGAACGAACAAUUGGUAAUCUUGGGCAAGAAAUACGCCUGCAUAAUUCUUCAGUCUAUGCUAAUUUGUCUCAACGUGCCAUCCGACGCUGCCAAAUCAAUGCUCUCAAGGCCAUCAUUCCCACGAUCGAACCCUCAGCCAACGUACUCCCAAAAGGAUCGCUGGAUCUUGGGGAGAGAUCACCUCACGCAGUCCGUCCUUGUGAAUCUGACGCUAUCCUUCAGUACUUGGCCACCAGCGACAUUCAUAUUCCUUCUGCUCCUCCUGUGACUAGAUGGGCUCGACUGUGUCUUCCUAAUGGACAGGUUGCACGAUCGGCCUGGAAGGAAAAUGCGAUGUCAAAACAGCCAAGGAUGGCACGGAAUGUGAAGUUGUUAAUUGAUGGGCAUACGAGCAUCGCUGAGGUCUAUUUCUAUUUCAAUAUGACAAUUCACGAUCAGCAGAAGACAUUCGCGCUGGUGUCUGAAUUCAGUCAACCACACCCGGAACUCGAACAUUCUUUCCAAACAGUCUUCGCAUGUCGUCAUCAUGGCGACAAUUCAUUAAAACUAAUUGAAGCAUCUACUAUACAAGCUGUGGUCGCAAUGGUUCCCCAUCACUUCCCUGGAAUUAAUGGCACUCUCUUCUACCUUAUAGAGCGCCCAGGUUUGGACUUGUUGACCAUGAGUGGUGCUGGGGAAGAUAUACUGGACGAAGAAUAA